CUUUGGCUCGACCUCACCACCCCCUGUUGGGUAUCUCAUGUUUCUGACAGUCAGCUGUUGCAGGAAAGUUUUGUCAUGGUGUGAUAGCUCGACCUCGUUUUGUUCCUCGUUUUGUAAACUCUUGUUCGACUGGACUUGCUUCCUGCAGAGCUAGCUAGUGCUCUUCGCGGCUUGCUUUUUAUCGACACAAAGGAGUGGAAUAACUCUUCCCCAAACAAAACUUCCGCAACUUUCGUAAUGAGUUUGAACGAGCACUCAUUGCAGGCUCUGUCAUGGAGAAAAUUGUACUUGAGUCGGGCCAAACUGAAAGCUACCAGCCGCACUUCAGCUCUUUUGUCAGGAUUCGCAAUGGUUGCCAUGGUGGAGGUUCAACUGGAAAGGGAUUAUACAUAUCCUCCAGGGUUGCUGAUAGCAUUCAGUGCUUGCACCACAGUGCUAGUAGCCGUGCACCUCUUUGCGCUCAUGAUCAGCACCUGCAUCCUCCCUAAUCUUGAAGCCGUUAGCAAUGUUCACAACCUCAACUCAGUGAACGAGUCUCCACAUGAGCGCAUGCACCGCCACAUUGAACUGGCCUGGGCCUUUUCCACUGUCAUUGGCACCCUCCUCUUCCUCACAGAGGUGAUGCUGCUCUGCUGGGUGAAGUUCUUACCCCUUAAAAGCAACACAGAAAACAACGACACCAUAAGUUCUGGCCAAGCUGCAGCCAUCGCUUCCACGUGCAUCAUGGUGCCUUUCGGAGUGGUUUUUAUUAUGUUCGCUGUUCACUUUUACCGCACACUCGUCAGCCACAAAACGGACCGGCAGAUCAGAGAACUGGAGCAGGUCAUUCGGCUGCAGAACCAACUGGACCACAGAACGGAAAAUGAUGAGUUGAAGGCUGCAGGGCAUUUUGCUUGAUUGGUUUGCUCGCUUUCAAAUUACAAGAGCUCAGGACAUUCUCCAAUGCUUUUAGUUGGGAAGGACUUCACAUCCACAUUAGUGAGCAUAGUUUGUACUCAACUUAAUACUAAUUAAUACUUAAUACUUUUACUGAAAAAGUCAGGAUCGAUUAAUACCACCACUAACACAUCCCAAUUAUACAAACCAUUGAGAACAGAAGAAAAACACACUAUAACAACGUGUGGAAUUCCAGAAUUUGGGAUUAAUACCAUUAUUACUAAAGCAAUAUCCCACUUAACCUUCUUAAAUACAUCACCUGUAAAGAACUGAAGCAGUUCAGAAUCAAUAUUUCUCUCAUAAAAAAAUUAAAAUAACUCACAGAAUGAUGAGCAAUGCUGUGUCAGUCACCAUUGUGUUGAACCAGGAUAAAUUGUCUUUCACGUGUCAUUCAAGGGCACUGGUAACUUUGAAUGUUAAUCAACCAACCACAGGAUGGAAGAAUGCCGAUGUCACUAACGUGAGGUGCAUCGGAAGCAGGAGGUUCUGUAAAUAGGAAAAAACUGCCCUAUAGCUUGACAUGAGCCAGCACUCCUGAUUCUGAAGGCUGUGGGCAGAUUAUUGACAAUCUUGAUUGAACACAAAAAAGUAACAUACACAUUCACAUACUGGAAGCAUUGCAGCCAAGAGCUGCGCUACUAAAUGAAGACUGUAAAUUAAUAAAAAUUCAUGGAACAAAUACGUUAUAGUUCAGUGCCUCUGGUAGUGUUUAGGCCACCGGACAAAGCUUUGCUGGCCCUCACAGUAAACCACUGCUGUUGAUGGCGUAUCAAUGUGUUACUUAGUAUCUCAUGGUGGGCCGAAUUAGUAUUCAUUUUUAUUCUUCCUUAAAUAUCAGUAUGAAUGUCACAAAAUCAAACCUGAUUUAACAACACAUUAUAGUUAAUAGAAAUUAUUUUUAAAGGUUAUGUAAACAAAGAGUAUAGUUACAGAGCUAGUUAUGACCUUGUGCAGGGUUCAACGUAAUGAAGUGUCAUCGGGUACGUUAUAUUUACUUUUCUUCAUUUUACUGAGCAAUGUUUACUUUGGAGCACUUUUUUUUUACUUUUAGUAAAAUUCAUAAUCCAAAUAGUUACCGUAAUUAUUCAAAUGAAUCAACAAAUUCUGACCAUUAAUGAUACUAACAUCAUAACCACAAGAAAAAAGUGUUUGUAAAUUAAAAUAAAUAUAUAUUACAAUUAAAGAAUCUAUACAUACAGUCAUAUAGAGUUUGCUUUUUGUGGAAUUCCUUCAACUACUGUACAUUGAAGAAAUGCUUGUUUGUUUCAAUGCAAUCUUUGUAAUGUGUAGUUAUUAGUUUACAUUAGUAUCAGCAUGCUCACAUGCCAUAUAUUAGCAACGACGUUGACUGUGGUGUAUAUGAAUUUGUUGUUGAAUUGUGUUCCUGUGUUUUUAUUGUGUGGGCACAAAGUCUUCAGUUAUGCCAGAAAUGAAAUAUACAGUACAUAUACUAUGCAAUUAUAAAAAUCACUUGUUGUGUCAAGUGGGCAAAGAGCCUCUCUGUCCAACUGCCUUCUUUCAAACUGUACAUUGCUCAGUUCCUUAGGUUGAUGUGUGGUUUAUUUAUUCAACUGUUGUGUAUAUACAGAACUCAAUGCAAAUGUUUUACUAUGCAUAUGACGACACUGCAGCUUAUUUGGUUUACCAUUUUUUUGUUGUUGCCAAUUUCAAAAUUAAGCAAAACUAAGCUGAAUUGGUACUUUCAUGCCUGCUACUUUGUUACAUCAGCACUUAUUUUAAACAAUUGCAUUAAAAGAACACAUGUUUCUUUUUGACUGUUUUUGGUUCAUGUUUUGUCUGGCUGCUGUUUGAGGGGGCUCUUAUAAGCUGUAUCUAUAAAGUCAACAUACAAGUUUGUGCAUGGUAGUUUGAGAACCUCAAUAUCUGUACAAAAAAUGUCAGACACCAAUAUUUUGUUGGAUUGCAUUGAGCUUUGAUUAGCUGUGGCAUCGUUUCCACAAGCUUCAACGAUCCCCAAGAUGUAUUUCUAUAUGCAGCGUUAACAUUUGUCAGCAAGCAGUUGUAUUGGUGAAGAUAUACAAAAACAAUAUGAUUUUUGUCUGUUAAUAUGUUUUCAGUUAGCUUCAGAUUCUUCAGAUUGACUUGUCUGUGCUUUAAAUCCAUGCCCCUGCUAUUGUAUAUACUGUACUGCUGCAGAUGUAAACACAAAAUGCAACCUGCUUGAAGACACUCUGCAGAACUCAAUUCCAUCUACUG